GUAAGAGACUUUUGACACUUUGUUUGGAUAAUUCAUUAUUGUAGGUGCCCAUUUUUAAUGCGUGUUGUUGGACUUUUUUAGUGUGACCACGAGUUUUAAUGGAGGAAUUGAUCAAGCUCUAGAUCGACUGCACACAGGGAAAUGGAUCAAUAUUGUAGGUAUAUUGGGUGUUUGUUUUAGAUCUGUGAUUUUGAAUGGUUUAAUAAAACUGAUAUUCUAUUGGGUAACAUUUUCGAUAAUUUUGUUUGUGUUUUGCAGCUGUUGUUGUGCUUUUUCUGCUGUCCUUUUUUUUUGUUCUUUUUGGUUGAUUUGUGAUUUUGUUUUGGUUAGUCCAUCCAGCCGUAAAGGCUGUUAAUGAUUGGGAAUGAGUCUUGUAAGGCGAACUAACCUCUCUUUUUUUGUUUUUUGUUUGUGAAACCUCCCUUUAUAACCCAGAUUGCAUGCCAUGCAUAGCACUGAUUCCCAGCUGUGCUGAGACCUGAAUCGUUUGCAGUGUGUGCCCACAGGUAAAUUGAUUGCAGUGUCUCUAAGCCGGGUGUGACGGUUUGCAGUGUCGUGUUAUUUUUUGCACCUUUUGUCAUUGCUGUGCAGGCAGGAAAAAGACCCAAAAUGCAGGCUCACGGAGGCUGAACUUGAACUCAAAAACCUCAGCUUUAUUGUUUGCAAAAGACAAAACAGAAACUACACUGGGAAGACUAGAAACGGUGCAUGAAAACAGAACACACAGGUAAGAAUGAGGGACGAGGCGAUGACGAGCAGGGGAAGACAGACACUAAAUACAAGAGGUCAACAGGACCAAGGGGAAACAGCUGGGAGACACGGCUGACACAGACGAGACGGGGGAGCGGGAAUUACUGAAUACACUGACAUAAGGCAAAGACCUUCAAAGUAAAACAGGAAACUCAACGCACAGGCAAAGACACAGACUCAGAGACACGGGCUUUACACAGAGACCUGACUGAACUGGAACAGAGAGACUACAGAACAAAACCUAACAACUUAACAGAAUACAUAACCAGAACAAACAAGAACAUAAGAUAAUAUUAAUAAAUACAAACCACUGAGUCAUCAGACUCAGGACCAUGACACUUUUGGUUUGGUAGGUCUUGUGCAGCUGGAAUAUUAGUAGGAUGUGUUGUAAGUCCCGUCUGGGAAUAAAUGAGAAAACGUAUGUUCAGUUGAUGUAAUAAAAAAAUUAUCAGUUUAUUUCUUUGCUAUUUUCUUCGACACCUUUGUGCUCGGCUACAUUUUAGCGUUGUUCCGAACAGGAUUCAAGUGAGUGGCAAUUUUGUUCUUUCUUUAUUUUUUGGAGUUGUUUUGUAAGGACAGCAGGGACAGGUUUGUAGAUUGCAGUGAAGGAGCAGCCAGGUCUCGAUUGCAAUCAUGGAGGAAAAUGAGCAACAAUCAAUGGCCCAACGUAUAGAGGAGUUGGAGAAUGAACUUAGAGACUGGAAAAAGGCAUCUGUGGGUACAGAGAGGCCCUCAACUUCAACACGAGCUACAGGAAGUGAAUCAGAGACUGUGAGACACAAUCCUGUGGUAUAUGUACAACAGGAUAGAACGUAGCCAACUUUUUCAGGGAAGUUGGAUAAUAUGGGCUCACUGACUCUAGAUGAGUGGAUUGAGCAAAUGAGAGACUUUGUGCGUACUUUCAAGCUGGCGAGGCGUGAUUGCGGAUGCCACUCAGGUGUGUCCAUCUCCCUCGCAGCCCCCAACAGUAAGUUACAGUAAGUUUUGUUUUGUCUGUUUUGUUUCUUUUCCAUGACCUUUCCAGUGACCAAGUAUUUCUUAGUGACGUGUCACAACUCUUUACAGCUGAAUUUAAAGGGCUGGUUUCAGGAUUGAUUUGAAAAAAAUGAAACUGAAACCAGUGAAUCUGCACCAGAGAAGAGCAGAGUGUGGAGAAAGCAGCAGCUCGCACAGUGGAGCAUCGAGAUACGGAGGUGUGUGCAGACACCCAACUUAUCCAACAUGAACGUUCAGGUUUGCCACUGCGGUUGGACAAAACGUACAACUUACCACGGCUUGAGAGUUCACCAGGGAAAGAUGGGAUGCACGCCAAAGGGAAUGAGGAUCCCUCAAAGUGAACAAUUCAGGUUCUCUCAUAAACCGAGCUACAAUGAACCUCAAAUCAAAAUAAAAGAGCCUUUUGUGGAUGACUUAGAGAGUUCUGUCUUUGAGACUCCACAGCGCUCUCGUCUAACUACUGAAAUUGAAGAUUCCAGAGCUCGUCCAGUUCUGCAAUCUUCUAUUGGUGGACAGCAGACACCCAACUUAUCCGACAUGAAUUUUCAGGUUUGUCACUGCGGUUGGACCAAAUAUACAACUUACCAUGGCUUGAGAGUUCACCAGGGAAAGAUGGGAUGCACGCCAAAGGGAAUGAGGAUCCCUCAAAGCGAACAAUCCAGGUUCUCUCAUAAACCGAGCUACAAUGAACCUCAAAUCAAAAUAAAAGAGCCUUUUGAGGAUGACUUCAAGAGUUCUGCCUUUGAGACUCCACAGCGCUCUCAUCAAACUACUGAACUUGAAGAUUCCAGAGCUCGUCGAGUUCUGGACUUUUCUGUUGGUGGACAGCAGACACCCAACUUAUCCAACAUGAACGUUCAAGUUUGCCACUGCGGUUGGACCAAAUAUACAACUUACCACGGCUUGAGAGUUCACCAGGGAAAGAUGGGUUGCACGCCAAAGGGAAUGAGGAUCCCUCAAAGUGAACAAUCCAGGUUUUCACAUAAACCAAGCCACAAUGAACCUCAAAUCAAAAUAAAAGAGCCUUUUGUGGAUGACUUCGAGAGUUCCGUCUUUGAGACUCCACAGCGCUCUUAUCAAACUACUGUGACCUGGUUUGAAGAUUCCAGAGCUCGUCAAGUUCUGGACUUUUCUAUUGGUGGACAGCAGGUGGCACAGUUCUUGGAGAUUCCUAGGACCACAGUUCAGCCAUCAAUAAUCAGUCUUAAAGAGAAAGAAAAGGAGAAAGCCUGGGAGAAAGAGAAGAAGGCCAAAAAACUACAAAAGAUACUCAACUCUUCCAAAAUGAGCCUUCAGGUUUGCCACUGUGGCUGGUCCAAUAUAACAAGUUACCAUGGCCUCAAAUUUCACCAGGGAAAGAUGGGAUGUACACCAAAGGGAAUGAGGAUCCCUGAACGUGCACAAUUCAGUUACAUUCCUACAGUGACCAUCCUAAAUCCUCCGGUCAACUUCACAGACCUGUUUGUGGAUAUUUUCAAGAGUUCUGUGAAGUCUGAUUCUUCUUCAAACACAAGCUACUGCAGCUGGCCCAGAAUCACAGCUGAUCAGGAUCUCGGAGAUUUCCAGGGAGGGAUGAGAUCUACACAAAUUCAACUGGAGGAGAACAAAGAGCAACUCUGGAGAAAUCAUCAGGAAGAAUCUUAUCAAAAGUACAGCAGACCAACUUUCAAUCCUUCAGUCAAGGAGGAGAAUAGGCUUCUGCCAUCAAGCUUCGUCCCCCAAAUUGAUUCUCCAGCCAGACAAGCCUCCACAGAAGAGAUAAUUAAAUCAUUGGUUGAAACUCAGCAACAGUCUGUGCCAACAGGAUCAAACAUGGGCGCAUAUCAGGGGCUUGAUUUUGCCUCUGGUGCACAGUCUGUGUUCAUGUCUGUGCCACAGACCUUCAGCAACCACAGUGAUCAUACAGACAACACAAUCACAGUGAUGGAGACAGACACAUCAUGCUGUGAACAGCAGGUGGCACAAAUCUUGGAGUUUCCUGGGAAAGCAGCCCAGCACGCAGCAAUCGGCCCCAAAGAAAAAGAAAAGGAGAUAGACAGACUGAAAGAGAAGAAGACUAAAAAACUACAAAAGGCGAAACAGGAAAAGAUAAAAUCUGACUUGCAGCAGAAAAUUCACAUCAGAGAGCUCAAGAUGGCUGAAGUCAGAUCAUUGGAAAUAGACUGCAAGGGUAGUUUGGAUGUUGAAUGGUUGGAAGUCAAUAAUUUCUUCUCAGAGGUGAUUAGAGUUGUGGAGGAUGCUCGAAAGAAAGCCCUUAAGCCUCUGGAGGAGAGGAGACAGAAAGUGAAAGAAGAUGCUCAGGAUAUCAUUCAGAAGCUGCAAAGAGAAAUUGAUGUGCUCAAAAACGCCAUUGCUGAAGCACCCAAAAACCCAGACUUGGAAGUUUCCCCACUAACAGGCCUGAAUGAAUCUACUGACUGGAAAAAUGUACAAGUUGACACUUCACUCUCCUUUGGCACACUGAGAACUACGACUUCAGCCAUGAUGAAGCAAAUUCACGAGGAAAUGGAAAAACUCUCAUCCAUCGAACUCAGGAGGAUUACUAAAUUUGCAGUGGAUGUGAAGCUGGACCCGACUACCGCACACCAAAGCCUUGAAAUUUAUGGUAAUGGGAAAAAAGUGAGAGAUGGUGGAAAGAUGUCGAAAGAUCCUGAUUCUUCGCAGAGGUUUGAUGUUUCUGGAAGUAUCCUGGGGCUCAACAGGCUGUCCUCUGGCAGGGCAUACUGGGAGGUGGAGGUCAGGAACAAGACCGGGUGGGAUCUGGGUGUGGCGAGAUGUGAUGCAAACCGCAAAGGGAAACUCUCAAUCAAUCCUGACAAUGGUUACUGGGCUACUGUACAUUAUGAAGACCAGAAAUAUGCAGCCCUGACUACACCACCCGUGAGCCUUUCGCUUAAAGGGAAACCACAGAAAGUCGGGGUGUUUGUAGAUUACGAGGAAGGUCUCGUGUCCUUUUACGAUGUAACCUCUCAGUCUCACAUCUACUCAUUUACUGAGUGUUUGUUUGGUGGGGAGAUCCUCCCGUACUUCAGUCCACAUCUGAAACAAAAUGAGAAAAACAGCGAUCCUUUGAUUAUCACUGCUGUGCAAAAGCAGCAGUAAUCACAUGCACUGAAUGUGGUAAACAAUAUGUAUGAUUGGGUGUGCAGUAACAGUUUGCUUACCUGCGCAUCGGGCAUUUCAUCAGUCAAAUUUCAACAUUUUUUAUUGCUUUUUAUUAUAACAUGCAUUAAUAAAGAUUCUCUGACUGAGCCAACUCACCGAGUUUUAUUUUUUAUGUACUAUAUUUUCUAACAUUUAACAUUUGAAAAGUAAAAAAUAAGUCAUUCAUACAGCAGUGGAAAUGUAUACAUUUUACAGAAACAAUAUAAACAAUGAAAUAACUAAAUAUAAAUUAGUAACAGGGAAAAAACAAGGCUGUGGGAACUGGGUC